AUGGUGGCUGCAAAGAAGACGAAAAAGUCGCUGGGGUUCAUCAGUUCGAGGCUCCAACUCAUUAUAAAAAGUGGGAAGUACAUGCUGGGCUACAAGCAGACACUGAAGGAAAUAGAAAUCCAGUACUACGCCAUGUUGGCCAAAACUGGUGUCCAUCACUCCAGCGGCCACAAUAUUGAGUUGGGCACAGCGUGCAGCAAGUACUACAGGGUGUGCACGCUGGCCAUCCUGGACCACGGUGAUUCUGAUAUCAUUAGAAGCAUGCCAGAACAGACUGGUGAAAAAGAAAUCCUGCAAUAUUUUUCUUUAAUAAAACUGAUCAGAGCUUGUUUUUUUAAAAAAAAGAAAUUGGGGAAGAUACAAAUUAAAUAUAUUCGUUAA